CAAGAAAAAUUCAAAUUUCACGCACGUUCGUCGUUUAUCGUUCACCGUUCACUGCACGUCAAACAGAUUUUUCCAAAAACUGCAUUCCCAUCUUCUCCGCGUCGAGGAAGAACCACGUGCACUCGGCAGAAUUUGCCACCGUCUCAACCGGUUUACUCUGAAAUCCACAAGCCGGAGGAGCAAUUCGUGGAUGGAUCGGGGGACAAACUGAGGCGGCUCGAGGUUUUCGGUCGACGAUCGUGUUCAGUCGACGUCGGUCGCUCGGCAAAAUCGGUUCGUUAGCGGAAACGCAACUUCAUCGCCGUCGUGCACUCGACGUCGUGCUCGAGUCAGCCGUGUGAUCGUUGUGUAACCAGCGGCCAACUUUCAUCGCUCAGAGGAGAUCCAUCGCCUCCGUGAGACCAUAAAGUGGACUUGCUUUACAAUAUUCCUUAUCAGCACUCCACACCAUAUCUCUGAAAGUGAUUUUAGUCUUAGACCUUCUUAAUCUGAUGUACAAUUCAAAAAUUGAAGAAUUUGGAGACAAACAACUUGUUGGCGGAAUUUUACAAGGUUUUACAAUAACAAACAUCAAUAGUAAUGUUACAUAUUGGCUUUCGGAAAUCAGUUUAAUCCAACCGUCAUAAAAAAUCCAGACAAAGGAUCCUGGCGACUUCCUCGAAAACGAGAAACCUAAUGAUCCGGAAAAUGAAUGGAUUGUCUUAAAACGAAACGGCUGAUCGUUAAAACGAAGGAGAAAAACGGGACAAAUAAUAGAAAAGAAAGGAAUAUUAGUCAGCGAUGAAACUACGAAUCGGACAAGGUCGCAAUUGGUGAACCAAUUUAUCCCCUUCCUCUCCAUUCUUUCUGGCUGAUAGCCACCACGAUACCCAAGUCGCUUGCCUUAUUACAUUUAAAACAACCGGUUAACGGAACAGUGUGAAAUUGGACGAGAAUGCAGCCGAAGCGUGAACAGCCGUGUGACAAAAUGCUCGUCGCUUGGAUCAUGAUUACGACCGUUCUGGCGUUCUCCAGUGAAGUCCUCGGCAACCCUAUGCCUACGGAACCCCAGGAAUCUGAGGGACUCACCCUUCGAAUCGUUCACACCAAUGAUAUGCAUUCGAGAUUCGAGCAAACAUCAAGAUUAUCAAGCAUUUGCUCGAAGAAAGAAGCAGAGGAGAACAAAUGCUAUGGUGGAUUCGCGAGAAUAGCUACUCUGGUUCGACAAGCCAGAAACUCGUCGGUCCCAUGUCUCUUCCUCAACGCUGGCGAUACUUAUCAAGGAUCUAUGUGGUUCAGCGUGUACAAGUGGAAAAUUGUAGCCAAAUUCUUGAAUCUUCUAGCUCCAAAUGUCACGAGUUUAGGAAACCACGAGUUCGACGAUAGCGUGGAAGGUUUGAUACCUUUCAUCCAGAACGCCUCAUUCCCCAUAGUCACUUCCAACCUAGACUUAAGCAAACAACCAGAUCUGGCAGCUACAAAGUUAAAAAACAGUACAAUUCUAACCGUAAAUGGAGUGAAAAUCGGCGUAAUCGGUUAUCUAACACCAGAUACUAAGAUAAUUGCCAGCACGGAAAACGUGAUUUUCUUAGACGAAGUGGAGAGCAUUCGUAGAGAAGCAAAACAAUUAAAAAGUCAGGGUGUGAACAUAUUGAUCGCUGUGGGACAUUCUGGAUUUGAGAUGGACAAGAAGAUUGGUCGAGAAGUGGAAGAUAUCGAUAUAGUGAUCGGUGGACACACGAAUACUUUCCUUUAUAAUGGCAUACAACCGGAUUUGGAGAUACCAGAAGGUUUAUAUCCAACAGAAGUAAUACAGAAAAGUGGAAGAAAGGUUUAUGUGGUUCAAGCUUACGCUUAUACUAAGUAUCUUGGCAAUCUUACGGUGACCUUCGAUGACAAGGGAGAAGUGACUAAUAUUAAUGGCAAUCCUAUUCUUGUAGACAGCAGUAUUGAACAGGCGAAAGAUAUUUUAAACGAAUUAGAACAGAUGAGAGAUGCUAUCGAUAAUAUUAGCCUAAGAAUAGUCGGAAAUACACGAGUCCUUCUCGAAGGAGAUAGUAAAAUUUGUAGACUAAGAGAGUGUAACCUGGGCAAUUUAAUCACAGAUAGCAUGAUUGAUUACAAUGUUGGUGAAUAUGCAGACCAAUCCAGUUGGACGGAUGCUGCAAUAGCUAUUCAUAAUGGUGGCAGUAUCAGAAGUUCUAUCACAAGAGGCAAUGAAGAUAAAGUCACCAUGGGUGAUGUUCUUAACGUGCUACCCUUUCAUAACACUAUCGUAAAAGCUUCAAUGACUGGAGAAUUGUUAUUGUCUGUAUUAGAAUGGAGCGUUUACAAUCUAGACAAGGAUAAUACUGCUAAUCUCUUUGGAGCAUUUUUGCAAGUUUCAGGACUUCAAGUGGUCUAUGAUUUAACUCAACCAAAAAAUUCAAGAGUAGUUUCAGUAAAAGUAUUGUGUGCAUCCUGUGAUGUUCCAACAUAUAACAGACUUGAAAAAAAUCAAACUUAUAAUGUACUUCUAACUGACUUCUUGCAAAGCGGUGGUGAUGGAUAUUCUAUGCUAAAGGAUCUCAAAACCACAUCUCUCGGUGUCAGUACAUCAAAUAUAUUAAUGAUGUAUUUAGAAAAACAUAGUCCUGUACAUCCUGCUGUUGAAUGGAGAAUUACUUACUUCCAUAAUCAUUUCCAAGCAGUUUGUACCACUUGCAGUGGUACAAAUAGUAUAUAUCACUCAAUAGGAUUAACGAUUUUAUUACCAAUAUUCAGUUGGUUGCUAGCAAGGUAGAUCCUAAUACGUAGGAUAUAUUUUGAGGAAUUGACAUUCAGUAUUUUGAAAGUUCAUAAUUUAUACCAAUUUUUUAUGCACUUUCUACCUUUUUCACUACCUCAAAUAUAUGCUAUAAACUGUUCCCUUUGAAGCUCAGUAAGAACACUAUUGCAAUAUCUAUAUAAUUAUUCGGUUUCAAUGAACAUACUUUAAUCAUUAUUUUAGUUACUAUCCAACCUUAUCGGCAAUUAAACAUCAUAACAUUUGUAUAGUUUUACAGGUAUUUUAUUUUCUCGAUCUCUGUCAAUUUGUACUUAAUAAAAAUAAUACAAUACAUAUUUUAUGUCAAUAUAUAAAAUGUUAUUGACAUCAAAUACACAUUGACGUCGUAUUCAUAGCACGUAUAUUUUUAAUAUAUACAAAUAUAUAAUAUAAGUAUAUAUUAUUAUAAAUAUAUAGUUUAAAACGCACAUUUAUUUUCUCUGUAAAAACAUAUUAAAAUUUUGUUUUGUAUAAAUUUUAUCAUAUAAGAUGUUACAGUUCAGGAAUUUCAAGCCGAUUUCCAUUUAAAUCGUAGACACGCUUCAAAGUUUCUACUACGUUAUUCAUUUCUUCACACGGCAUUGGUACCAAUUCAUAUAGUACUUCAAUCAUUUUUAACAAAUCAUCAACGAUAUGUUUAUCCGAUAUAUUUCCUUCUGUUGCAAUAUUGACAUAUCUAUUAAAUUUUCUUAACACA